AUGAACUCUGUAGUAAAGAUAGAAGAAGAACUCCAACAGGAAUCAAUUAAAACCUCCAGUUAUAAAUGUGACAAGUGUAAUAGAACAUUUAGAAAGUUGCAUUAUUUACAACAGCAUAUAGUAAAUCAUAGUCAUAAGUGUACUGAUUGUUCAAAGACUUUAUCAGAUGCAAGUACAUUAGAAAUACAUCUGAGAAGUCACACGGUUGCAAAUCAUUUUGUAUGUACAAAGUGUGAUAAAGCAUUUACUACAAAAUAUCAUCUGGAUCAACACAUUUGUCCUUGUUCCACAAAACAAUUAGAUGAAAUUAUAGUUAAAAUAGAACCUGAAGAAUUUACAAUUGAAAAUAUUCAACAGGAAAUAGAAAAAGAGCCUGAAGAAUGUUCAGAUGAUGAUAAAACAUGUCUGAAGAGAUUCAUGAAUUCUAUAGUAAAGAUAGAAGAAGAACUCCAACAGGAAUUAAUUCAGAAGCCUCCUUAUAAAUGUGACAAAUGUAAUAGAAUAUUUAGAAAGUUGCAAUAUUUAGAACAGCAUAUGGUAAAUCAUAGUCAUAAGUGUACUGAUUGUUCAAAGACUUUUCUAGAAGCAAGUGCAUUAAAAAUACAUCUGAAAUCUCAUACAGGUGAAAAACAUACCAAAUGUACAAAGUGCAAUAAAGCAUUUAAUAAAUAUGAUUUAGAUCACACAUUUGUGUUCGUGCCAGAGAACAAAAUUUACACUUGA